AUAGUUGAACAGUGAAAACAAAUUCCUAAAAAUAAAUUCACAAAAAUUAAUAAUCCGUAUAACAGAAGUGGAAAAGAAAAACCCCCCGCAGCUGCAAAGCAAUCAGUAACUGCGACACACAUACAGUCGUCUUCUUCACUCUCACACCGCGUUACCAAAAUCAGUGAGUGUGCGAGCAAGCUAGACUGAAGCAGCAGCAACAGCAAUAUUCGUGUGAAAAGGUUUACAACUCAAAGACCCGGGACCCAGGCUUGGAUGACAGCUACGACAAAGGCAAAAAAAGAAGAGAAAAAAGAAAAGUAAGAGAGUUGGAAAAUUAGGGCUAAGAAGGAUAGCCUAACAAAAAGAGAUAAAUCAACAGACUGAUAAACAAUACAUAAAGUUAAACUAUAUAAAGUAUAUUAACUAAAGCUGUAUAUAUAUAACGAGACACAAACCGAACCCAGCAGCUACAGAAGUAAAUAAGAAGAAAAUUGAACAACGUGAGCAACCGUAAACCCGUUAGCCGCUACUAUAGGAUAGAUUGAGAGUGGAGCAGGAGUUGAAGAGGGAGAGAGAACGGUAGUAGCAUCGUCGAAGCGAACCAGAGUGACGAAGGAGACAACGGAUACGGAGGAAGCAAGGUAGCAGCAGGUCGCGUUUGUUAUCGAUAAAUAAAAAGAAAACUAUAAAUAAAAAUUGAUUUUAAGUGCGUGUGAUAUUUAACGUUAAGCAUUAAUUUAGCCAAUAACCAAAAAAAAAAAAAAGGCAAAAAAGCAGAAAUUUUAACAAAGAAAGAAGAGAGAUAGAUCGAACGAGAAAGGAAAAGAGGAGAGAGCGCACUUUGGGUUAAGCUCAGUUUAGAUUGAAAAAGAAGAGGAAGAAGCAGCAACAGUGUUGGAGAAGCUUUUAACAGUGAAAGCAACGAAAAGCAAGAAAUUACUAUGACAUACUCGCACAAUAGUGUUAGAAACAACAUCAAAAUGACAACAGCAUCUGCAACAAAGUCCAUACGCUUGAAAAAGGGCGCCACAACCCCAUCACCGCCCCCAACAUCCACAACAACAAUAGAUACAGCAACACCCACGGUAAAUGCACAUUCCAACAGUAUUGCCAGCAGUACAAACUUCAGCAAUCAGCACUUCCAGCAGCAGCAUGUUUUAAGCACAUCGCCCACCCACUGUGCCCCCAUCACGCCCAACAAUCGCAUGCAGCAGCAGCAACGCCUGCAAAGCCAAUCCGCAGGCGCAAAUCAGCGUAGUCGCCAGCAGCGACAAUCGCCCCAGCAGAUGGGCGGUGGCGGCUUCUUCUUCGCGAACAAUAAUCGACGCAAUGGCGGCGGUCCCCGAUCGCCACAGUCAGCAGCAGGAGCGGCAGGAGCUGGAGCAACCGGCAGCAACAACGGCUAUGUACGCCAAUCUCCGGCUACGAUUUUGGGUGGCGGCUUCUCACCGGCUGCAUUUGGUUCUGCGCGCAAGCAACGUCGCAGUCCAACAACAACACCAACGAGCAGCUUUGGGGUGGGCGGGAAAAUAUCACCACAGCAUCAACUGAUACCCACCGCCUUGACGCAUUUCGCUGGCAGCAAAUGCUUCGAUGCACCAGCACCAACGGCAUUGCCCAAGCCGCCGCAGCACUGGACAUCACUGUCCAAAUCCGAGGAGAAAUUGGUAGCCAGCAGCGCUGGCACCGCCUUGCAGAGUUUGUUGCGUGGCGGCGACAGAUGCAGUGCGUCCAAAUUGCAGCAGGGCCAUGGUGGCGCCGGUAGAUACGUGGUGAAGUCGUCCAAGCGCAAUCUCCUGGAUGAUUUCGAUACGCACAAUCUGAAACUGUUGCUGAACAUGCAGUCGUAACGCAGGAACCACAUCUAGAACUACAACAAUAAACUGAACAUGGAGGACCCAACACGAACCCGUCAGACUUGGAAAUGAGAAAGGAAACGAUAAACAAAAAUAAUAAAAGGAUCAAAAAAUAUAAAAAUUGUAAAAACUACA